GUGUACAUUUUAUAAAAUAAAAUAAUAUUACAUGAAUUAUGUUAUGAAUUAAAUAUAUUUUUUAUUUUAAAUAUAAUUUGUCUCAUUAAAUAUUAAAAUAAUUUUCGUGUUCUAUAUAAAGUGGUGACAAAUCUGUGCUAUGAACUUUUAUUCGUGCACUGAAAAAUAUAAAUAAUUACUAAAAAUUAAGAUUUAAAUUGAUCUUAUUAAUAAUAUAUGUGCAUUAGUAUGAAUGAAAUGAUUACAUUUAAUAAUAUAAAAAAUGUUGCAUCGUUUGUUACGCGGUCGAUUGACGUUCAAAGUAUAUAUUAUUUUAGGAAUAAUUGCGAUCAUCGUAUGCGGUUAUUUGAUUCCUCAAUAUAAGAUAUAUCCCAUAGCUCCCGUAACAUCGCCGAGCUUGGCCCAUUCUCAUUCAACACGGCAUUUGUCUAAGCUCGUUACUGUCAUAUUCCGUCAAUUUGAAGACUUUGAAAAUGAUAUUGCGGAAAGUGUACAAUCUUUUGUCUCAGCAUAUCCAAACAUACCAGUAUUGGUGUUGUGUGAAAGAAGACAGUAUCCGCCUUUCCAGUUUUCUGCUACAAAUAUAACUCUGCGUAAUGUCAAGAUUAUAACACUAGAGUUUAAGCUGGACACGAUUCCAAACGACCUCGACCCAUUGUCUUAUGUUUCUACGGACUAUGUGUUAUUUGUCCCUGAUGCCUCACGAGUAUCCCGGCGUGUGUUUCAAAUGAUGGCUGUUACCGCUACCACAUAUCCGACUCAGGCAAUAGCCGUUGGUGUAGGGAACUCACGAUUAGUUUGUCAACAAUUAAAAUGGGCAUAUAUGGAUUGGACUCUACAUUACAGUAAAGACUCUUCUAAAAAACUUUGUGAUGCCAUUCAAGGACAACAUGCUUUAAUGAUCAAGACUUCAAUGCUGCGAAGUCUACCAAAGCCAUUUGCAUUGCCUUUUCCAGAAUCCUUGUACUUACAAACUGCCAUAAGGAAUAUAAAGGUGCAAAUAUUGGAUAGUAAGUUUGCUACAGGAAGGAGUGUAUUAAAAACAACAGCAUCUAAACAAAAGGCUUCCAAGAGGCAGAGAGAUUACCGAUUAGCAUUAUACAAGGAACUUGGAGUGAAGGCUGUUAUGAAAGAAGAUGGCAGAGUACAGUGGUUUGGUUGUAAGAGGGAAAGUCAGCGAUGUUUCCCACCAGUACAAAGGACUCCAUCAUAUGUGUUAGCAGGGCGUAACACACCGCCAUGCUGUCUCCGUAAUAUACGGCGAACAGUUACUCAUGUGCUUCGAGCACUGUUACAGGCUGGGGCCAGAUGCUGGCUUGAAACAACAUCUUUGUUAGGGGCUGUUAUGCGUGGUGACUUACUUCCGUGGGUUGAGUAUGCCGAAAUUGGUAUUCACGCAGGAGAUCUCACCCGAGUUUCCUGGUUACAAAGAGGGGGUGCAGACAAUGAUGGCUUUGUAUGGGAAAGAGCGACGAAAGGUCAUUACUACAGGGUUGCUUAUUCUGCAACAAAUCGAGUUUACGUUCUUAUUCUGCCUUUUACCUCAAGAAAUGGCACCAUGUGGCCUGCUGAUUGGGUUUUAGCUCAUCAACGUGAAUUUCCAGAGCGGCAUUUGCAUCCACUUGCUCAGAUACAGUUUGUUGGUCGUCACUCACCAGCGCCUAACGAUGCCCGCGCUUUCUUGGACCUGAAACUUGGCCCUAAUGCCGUUGAGAAGUGCGACAGGAUCGGACCUAAACUUCUAUAUCCUUAGAUAAUAAAAUAAUUAAUGUAAUUAAAAAAUAAUGUCAGUUUAAAUAUUUGAAUGAAUCUUGAAUUUGACACAAAUUACAAUAAAUAUAAGGUCUUUACAAUUUUUAUCUAUAUUGAGGCUUUUUUUAAAUAUUUUAAACAUAUUAGAAUCUGAAGUACAAAAAUGUUAUAAUGGGACAAUAUCGCUUAACUCAAAGCUAAUUAAUUAAUUUACGAAUAUAAGUGACAACCGAAAAUUGCUAAUAAUUGAUCUUAUUAGCAGCGAUAAAUUAUUUUAUAAUUAUGUUUAAAUUUUGACAUUAUUACCAUACCAAAAAAUGUUCCUUUUUGCAUUUAUUGUUUGCGUGAUUUAUUUCACAAAAAAUAUUAUAUCUGUAAACAUAGCACACAUUAUUACUUAGUAUGUAUUAAGGAUGUGCAUAAGAUCGCCCAAUGAUGAGUUUUAAGUGUUUUGAUCUGAAAUUUAAUUAAAUAUUAAUCUUUAUAUUUUCAUAAUGCUCAGAAAGUAAUGACAUGAUAUACAUUAAGAAUUAACGCCUUUACUUAUAAAUAUUAUUUAGUGGGUGUUUAGUUAAAUACGGAUUUAUCUCUUUCUGUAACCACUGAUUUGAUAUUCGAAUGUAGAGAAACCUCAUUGUUUUACUAAACACCCCCUGUAUAUAUAAAUAUAGGUAAAGCAGUAAUUAAAAAAAAUAAAUGUGAUUUAAAUCAUAGUGUAAGUAAUUAUGGUAAAGCAAUGUCAAAUACAGCUUAUGCAAUAAUUAUUAAGGAUAAGGGAAAUGUAUUUUUGAAGAUCUCUCAAUUCUAGUCAAAAAUUGUUAACUUCUAUAUGUUAAGUAAGUACCAUUCUGAAUGGAAUUGUUUUGUUUUUAGAGUUUAUUCACUAUUUAGAAUUAAUAUUUACAAGGAAAAACAAAUCUUAUACUUAUGUAGUGUAUAUUUUAUUCAUAAACAAUUCGAUUAGGUUUCGCAUAUUUACCAGCUUGUAAUAUUAAUUCUAAAAGAUAAAUUGUAGUCAUUCUAUAUUUAAAAAAAUAUUAAUAGACUAGAUAUACAAUACAAAUGCUAUUUAUUUUAAAGCUUUACUAGUAAAUUAAAUAAAGCACAAAUCGAAAUAAA